UUUCAGGACAAUGAGCAAUUACGCAAGUUGUUUUUGGGUGGAUUAAGUUUCAACACUACAGAAGAAUCUGUUCAAUCGUAUUUUCAAGAAUAUGGGAAAAUCACAGACUGUGUUGUGGUGAAGCACAAAGAUGGUGACAGAAAACCCAGAGGAUUUGGAUUUGUCACUUUUGCCACAUCUACAUCUGUGGAUGCCGUUAUUAAAGCUAAGAAGGAGAAGGGAAGUCAUGUUCUGGAUGAAAGGGAGAUUGAUGCAAAGCGUGCUUUACCUAAAGAGGAAGGAGGCAGUAAAGAGUCAACCAAUAAGGCAUUUGUUGGGGGACUUGCUCCAGGGACAACAAAAGAGGAACUUCAGGCAUACUUCGCUGAAUAUGGAAAUGUUAUAGAUGUAUUCAUUCCACCUUCCACAGAAGGAAAGAGGCGGGUAUUUGGCUUUGUCACAUUUGAAGACUCAGAUUCAGUUGAUAAACUCAUCAUCAUGCAGAAUUUUAGUUUGAAUGGGCGAAAUCUAGAAGUGAAGAAGGCUCAGAACAAAGACCGCCAAGGAGGUGGGGGUAGAGGGGGUAGAGGAGGCAGAGACUUUGGCGGACGUGGUGGACGUGGUGGAUAUAGGAGUGGAGGAGGAGAUCAAGGUGGCUAUGGAGGCAGUCGUUAUGGUGGUGGAGGAGGAGGAUACAGCGGUGGUAGUGGUGGCGGCUACAGUGGAUCAGGGGGAAGCUAUGGCAAUGGUGGUGGCUAUGGAGGAAACUCUGGUAAUUACAAUGACUUUGGAUCAGGUUAUAGCCAGCAGAGUUCAGGUGGACCUAUGAGGAGUGGUGGUGGUGGUGGAGGAGGAGGAUAUAGUGGACGUAACGCUCCUUACUCUGGAAGCUAUGGUGGCAACAGUGGUGGUGGUGGUGGUGGUGGAUAUCAAGGAGGUGGAAGUGGAUAUCAGGGAGGUGGAAGUGGCAACUACAGCAGUGGUGGCAACAGUUACAGUGGUGGAUAUAGUGGAUAUGGAGGAAACAGUGGUGGCCGCAACUACUAAAUGAUAGGAUACAAGUUGAUUGGUAAGAAGGCGAAUACAACAACCCAUAUGACAGGAAAGCAGAUAGCUCUGAAUAGGCCUCUCUCCUUAUGUACCUCACAUCUCACUGGCAAAGUUAUUGAUGAAAUAGGACAUCCUCUUGAAGUUAAUUGCUCGCUUCUGCUUAAUAUAGGAAAACCUGAAGUUCAAGAAUCAUCAAGACCCACAUAGCAGAUAUGAGCUUGCUAGUUUGGUAGCAUGUUCCCCAUCAGCACAAGGAACUAUCUAAAGCAUGUAUAGGAUUGUUUAACUCAAACAGACUUUUAAGUAGCUUGAUAGUUUCAAUUACAUAUGGAUAUUGCAUUCAAACAGGACAUUUUCCCCAUGAACUAAAUUAUGUCAUAAAUGUAUUCAAUUAAGCAUACUCAUUAAUCACCCUGGCGUUUUUUUUUUAUGAAUUAUAAAUGCCCUUUUGAAAUGUGCAUACUGCCACAUGAUCUAUGUUAGCACCUGCUAACAAGAGGUGAUUUGCCUUGUGAUUGAUCCAGACUCUGUUAUUUAAACAUUGGCAUUCAAAGUUCCUUCUACCCAAUUGAGAUCAUUUGGCAGUGUGUCUCCUGCAAAUAUUAAUUUUAUAAUAAUUUUCUGUUGGAAAUGUUCGGACAUGCCGUUAUGUUAUAAAAGACCCUGAGCUCUGCUAGAAUCCAUGUUGCUACUGUAUUGACAAUCGAUCGAUUGGGUGUUAUCAGGCUACGCAAAAUGACAAUCUUUAUAGAGAACAUUUUUCAGAACCUGUUAUAUAAACACAAUUACUUACCUGCAUUGAAAUUAUAUAUAUCAUUCAGUACAGCAGAUAGAGAGGAGCAGAGAAUGCCCUGUAAGGAAAUAUUUGUAAAUAUGUACAGAUUUAAUGUAACUAUUCUCUUUAAAAAUCACCCUUUUUAUACAACUUUCCUUUGUUAUUCAUAUACACUAAAAUACACAUAAUUAUGUCUCCAGAUUUAAUCUGUACAUUUGAAAUUGUUCUUGAAUGAGAUAGAAAAUUUGAGAUCGAUCAUGUUUGUGUUUGUUGUAGAUUUUCAUUUUAUCUCAUAUAUCCCCCUCCCUACCAAGAAACAAGAAAAUACAACCAAAAACAAUUGUGCUCAAAAGAAAUGUUUUAACAUUCUCUUGACAUUAAUCCAUUAUUCAUUUGAUAGUUCAUUCUUUCAUAUCAAUUUUUUUUUUCAUUCAUUAAACCACAGAACAGCAAGCUAUCAGUUAACUCUCGUUGCUUUUUGACUAAGAAAUAUUCUAGUGGAUUUUAUGGUAGACAUUUGUCUAGGUUUUAUGUGUAAGUUGUGUCAAAUAUUGUGUAACAGUGUUUUUAUUCCAACCAAGUGAAUUUGAAUUAAAAGGAUUUUCCUCAUAAAGAUAUUAAA